AUGCAUGUUGUGACCUACUCACAGAGAUACAGAAUGUUUGAAGAAGCUAAAAAUGCAACAGGAGGCCUUGCUGUUCUGUCGUUUCUAUUCGACGUUGGUGCUGAUAAUCCUGCAUUUGACGAAAUGAUUUCUCAUAUGAACGAAGUACAACACAAAGACGACCAUGUAGAAAUUCAAGCGUUUCCUUUAGGAUCCUUGUUUCCACGUUCCACUGAUGUAUUUUAUAGAUAUUACGGUGGAUUGACAACGCCGCCAUGUUAUGAAAGUGUAAUUUGGACAAUAUUUCAAGAGCAUAUACGAAUUUCGGAAAGACAGAUAAACCAAUUCAGACAUCUAGGCGAUCGUCAUUUUGUUCGUUUCCGAGGACUGUCAGACAAUUAUCGACCAACGCAGCCUUUAAAUGGAAGAUAUGUUUAUACCAAUACUCCAAUGGGUUAUCAAUAUCGAAGGGAAGGUACAGUCGGAAGACAACCUCAGCGACCAAUGUCCACUCCAAACAGACAGGUUGUCUUUAGUAAAUUUAUCAUGCCGCAGUUUCUUUCAUCAAAUACCAGAUUAAUUGGAAGGAGAAACAAUCUCGGAAGAACUUCACAAAUACGACGUUAUAAUUUAAAUGGAGGAUUAUUUCCAAGAUACAUGAGCUUAUAUUAA